AUGAGUCAAUGCAAUGUAGCUAGUAAUGUAAAGAAAUAUACAGUUAUUAGUGACUUACCAACUAACAUACUACACAAAAUACUUGAGCUUAUACCCAUCCAAGAUGCUGCAAAAACUAGCAUCUUAUCAAAGCGAUGGAGAAAGUUAUGGUCUACACAGCCACACCUUGUGUUUGAUCGCCACUUUUUUCAGUAUGUAUCUACUAAGGACGCUUCUGCUGCAAGUAUAAUUCAUAAGAUUCUCGUGCAACAUAUUGGACCUGUUUUGGGGUUCCAUCUAAUCUCAAAGACAGACACUUUGUCACAGUCAGAUGUGAAUCAGUGCAUCAUCUUUGUCUCGAAUCAUGGUAUCCAGAAGUUGACUCUAGAUAUGGCCAAUGAUGAGAAAUAUGCAUUGCCUUACGGCUUAUUCACUUGUGCAACGUUGACACAUUUGAAGCUCUCGUGGUGUUUCUUUGAGCUACCUGAAGAUAGCCAAUUUCCUAAUCUUGUUAGUCUUCAGUUGGAACAUUCAGAACUUGACGGUCAUGCAGGAUCCGACGAAAACUAUCUUAUCCUGCCAAUGCUUGAGACUUUGGAGUUGAGAUUUUGUGUUGAUGUUGAUUGUGUUGAUAUAGUUUCUCCGAAUCUUGUGAACUUGUCUAUCAUUAGCAGCUAUACAGUAACAUUUGAAUGUUUUAAUGUGAACCCAAUCUUUCGAAGGAUUAAGCACCUCUGCUUGGAUGGAUCAUCCCUAAAGAUUUCUGUUAAACAUAUUUCUAGCGCACUUUGCCUAGUGCGGAGCUCUCCUGACCUUCGUGAUCUUGACGUAGAUGAAGUUGUGGAGAUGGAGAACAAAAAUGCCAGAAGCAGUAGUGAACAUUUGAAGGAACUGAUUAGCUAUUCUCGGGCAUCACCAAAAGCAAAAAUUAAGUACUUAGACUGA